UGAAUGACAUCUUCUUCUCCGCUCUCAUUGGCCUAUUAUCGAGGAGUGGGCGGUGCCUACGGAGAUCUGUGCAAUAGGAAGACAGGAGGCGAGGCGGAAUUUCGAGCGCCAAACUGGGAUCUUUAAAGUGCGCUAUAGAGCGGCGUUCUGGUAUUGAAGCGGUAACGUGUGUCACGGCGUGAUCAUGGUGCGAACCAAGGCGGACAGUGCGGGCUCAUCUACCGGCAGCUACAGGAAAGCUGUUGCUGCCAGAGCACCAAGAAAAUCGUUUGGCGCCAGCCCUGGUUCCUCGAAUCAUUCAACAUCUCCCACUGGAAAGAAAUCUGAAGGCAAAUAUGCAGGGGGCAACCCUGUAUGUGUUAGACCUACACCAAAGUGGCAGAAGGGUAUUGGAGAUUUCUUUGGUUCUCCAUCAACAAGCCGCCCUGAAAAAGAAAACCGCGUGCCAUCUGAGGAUGAGGAGGAAGCUGGUGGCAGUGGAGUCGGGAAAGCCCCAAGGAAAUCUCGCCCUUUGCCUGAAGAAGAUGGAUCAGAUGAAGACUAAAACUCAGGAUAUUUUAGUUAAUGUAAAUUUGUAAAUAUUUGCCUUUUUUGUAUAAAUGUCUAUUUACAAUUCAUGUGACAUGAAUCAUUUUUAGCAGUUUAUUCUUUUUGUCUAAAACUAACUUUACACCUCACAUUUAAAGUUUCCCGAAAACAAUACAGCAGUUUCUCUAUUGUCUGAAGUAGUAUUCUGGUGGACCCCUAAAUAUAUUACAUUGGCUUAUUUUGUUUAAAGAACUAGACUAAUAAAACCAUUUUGAA